AUGCAACACCAUUGUACCCGCGAUUCUGAGUCCACGAUCCCUGCGCAAUCAACUUCUCAUGAGUCCACGAUCCCUACGCAAUCAACUUCUCAUGAGUCCACGAUCCCUGCGCAAUCAACUUCUCAUGAGUCCACGAUCCCUGCGCAAUCAACUUCUCAGAAUCCAUACAAUCAAAGCUACACUCCUCAAGGCGGCGACUCUAAUCCCCGCAUGGGAUUUCACCAAUUCAACCCUACUCUGACUAAUACCCCGGCAUAUUCUGGUCCACAAGCAUUUGGCUGGCAUCCACAGCAGCUUCCAGUUUAUCCUAUCUCGAUGGGCCUCGGAGCAACUUAUCCGAAUAUGCCUGUUAUUCAGACCACUCCCAUUUCACACCCACAAGGCUCCGGGACACCCUUCAUUUUAUUUCCGCCAUCAUCUAAUUUCAAUCCAUACACUCAGAACAUGCCGCCUCAUCUUGCCUCCGAAGUUGCAACCAGUCACCCACCUUUCAACUUACCAAGACCAACUGAGAACAUAAGCAACCCUUCAGAAAUCAACAUGAGCAACCCGUCACAUACCUCAACAACAUCUGCAACUCUUGACCUUGGAGAUUCAACACGUCACACAACUGCCAAUUCAGGUGACCCUUCACGCACCUCAAUUCAACGCCAGUCAAGCACCUCAACCCGUCAGCAGUCAUCAUCAGCUUCAGGACGCUCUCUAGAGGUACCUCAAUCCACAUCACAGCGCUCACACUCUCCAGCUCAUAGCUUGACUGAUGAUCGACCAUCACAACUAUUCAGAGAAUCAUCACACUCACGAAGCUCAUCAUCUCACUCAUCACAACGUACAACAACCUCUGCACGUCGCGAUCGGUCUACACGAGCCUCUGGAGAAGCCUCAACAUCACGACGAAGCCCUUCACCUUCACCAGAACGAUCUGAUGUGUCAUCUAGUGAAGAAUCUGAUGAAUCUAACAGCGGCUCCGAAAGCGACCUCGAUGUGCAUCAAAGACAACACUAUCAGCGUCAAGCAGCCCAUUCUCGUUCUAAGAUUACCAAAUCACGACGCGAUGGUGUUCGGUUUGAGAAGCUCACUGAAGAUCAAGGGCCUUCCAAAAAUGAGCAGCUAUCAAUUUGUAUUCAGGAUUACUGUAAACUUCUUCUAGGUGUCACACGUAAAGUUCGGGGUCAAAGGAGAACAUCAACACUUCCCAGCCCACCAUCUGAAACGGAAAUUAGCAAAUGGGAGAAACGCAAGAAGGAUCGGAAGACAAGCAUUGCAGAACGUAUCAAGAAAGAACGAGAAAGGUUUUUAAAGUACAACCCGGCCCCUAAACGCGCGGAGCUGAAAUUGAUUGAAGAAGAAGCGACCAAAAAAGCUGUUCAAAAACUCAAACCGGCAAUCUUUACUUCGCGUGUUUCCUCUCGAAACUCUACCAAAUUCUCAACCACCACAUCAAAUAAGGAGAACGAUCCGGGUUACAACUCCAUGAACGAUGUUGAUGAUGAUAAAGAGGCAAGGGAUAAGAUUAGCCGGGCUAACUCAAGGAAGCGUGUAUCUACACUUCGAGCUGAAACCUUCAAGAAGUAUUUUCCAGACGAACGCCAACUACAUCUCAUCAUUUUGGAUUCCAGGGUUCACUCUGAGGAUGAACUCGAUAAAGACAACCACCAAUUUCGACGGAAGCUGCCUUGGAGGAAGGAGGAUUUUGACACUUUACUCAAUUUGCUUGGUGAGCUAUGCAUUCACUUGAGAAUGGAUCCUCGGGGUGAAAGUAUUGCGACCAAAGCUUUACGCCGAGGAGAUCAUGUCGAGAUGAGUGAAGAGGACAAAAGUAGAUCGUUCCCUCCAAAGAAGUUACCGAGAUCUUUGGUGAGGGACGAUUAUGUAACGAAGUACCUCACAAUGGCUCGACAGUCGGAACUUGCGUUAUCACCAGAUGAGUUUGAUCUUAAGGACAUGAUUGCCAAGUUGAGACGGCAGAUGUCAUGA